AUGGACGAAGGUUCAACAACAAUAACAUUAACAACACGAUUACGCAAACGUUCAAUUUCAUCUCAUCGUCAUUCAAAAACAGAUAAUGAUGGUCGUACAUCUAUAAUAAAAACAAAAAUUCAAAAAAUCGAUGGUCAAUAUAGAGCAUCACCGACAUGUCCAAUUAAUAAUGAAGAAGAACAAACACAUAGUAGUGAUGAUCAAGAUGAACCAUUAAUUGUUGCAACAGUUCCACCAUUAAUUCAAGAUAGUUCUAAUUAUCGUACACGACAAGAUCUUUACGAUGAUGAAACAGGUGAUGAUCAACAAUCAAAUUCAUCAUCGCCGGAUUAUUCACCAAUACAUCAAUCAGAAUCAUCUGUAUCUGUUCAAUCACCUAUUAAAUCAAAAAUAAUUACUACUCAAAAACCAACACAAUUAUUUAAUGAUAAUCCUAAUGAAGCUAUUAAUGAAACAUCUGUUGAUAUACCAACAAUGUCAACAAAACGUUCGCCUUGUUUAAUCAAUGAAGAAAGUAUUCAAGAAAAAUCUGUCACUAUUGAAGAAUCUGUUAAUGAACGAAUAAAAAUAAUUAAAAGGUCAAAUUUAAAUAAUAAAUCAUCUUUAUCAAACAGUUCAAGUGCAAUAUCAACAGAUCAAAAUCAAAUAAAUAAUUCUACAAAUCAAGCAUUAUCUUCAUCACCAUCGUCUACCAUCGAUGAAGCUCCUUCAACAACAGAAGAUGCUACCAACAAACCAUUUACAUCUCUUGAUGUUAAUCUAUCAAAUAAUAAACAAUCUCAAAAUACUAAUGAUCAAUCAAAAGUAAAAGUACGAUUAAAAACAGUUCCUCCGUCACCACAAAUAAAAAAAGAUAAUAAACCAAUCACUAAUAUUAAAACUAAUAAAUUUGUCGAACAGAAAUCAAUAAAAAAGUAUUGUAAAAAUUAUAUCUUUGUUUUUCUUUCACAACUAAUAAUUCUUCUCUUCAGACCUACACCAAUACCAAAAGAAACAGUGAUUACAACUAAAAAAUCAACACCAACUGUUAUACCGAAGAAACCUAUUAAAACUUCAACAAAUAAAAUGCCAUCGAAUAAUAACAACAGUGAAAAACAACUUGUUCGACCAUCGUCGAUUCCAUCAUUAUCAAAAUUAACAGAGAAGAAAUCGUCAGAUAUUUCAAAUACAACAACAACUAAAACAUCAACUGAAUCAGUUGCAGCAAAACCGUCUCCUGUUAUACUUGGAAAAAUACCUAAAUUAAAUCCAACUAUUAAACCAAAAUCUACAGACAAAUUAACAUCAUUAAAAAGUCUUACUGAUCAAAAGUCGGAUACUCUUCCUUCAGGAAGUACAUUAAGUAAUAAUAAAAGUUCAACUAUAUCGGAAAAAAAUCUUUCUAAUGUUCAACGAUUUUCUCCGAAACGUCGUUCACCACAACGUUCGAAUCGACCUCAACAAAAUCCUAACGAUAAUUCAGAUCCAUUUGCACCAUUAUCACCCAUAGGUCUUGAUAAUAAUAUCGAUAGUAGUCUUGGAAAACAAUCAUCAAUAUCGAAUCAACGUUAUUCAUCAUUACUUAAUAAUGAUACACGUUCGACUACAAAUUUUUCUCGUAUAAGUUCAAUUGGUCUUGAAAAUACUCAAUCACAAUCUCCUCUUUCACCUGAUCCUUUAUCAACACUCUAUCCUCCACCAUCACCACCAACUUUACCACCAUCCCAAUCAUCACUUCCAUCUCGAUCUAUACCUUCAACAACCAAAGCAUUUAUUGAUUCUCGUACCAAUCUGCCUCAUGUUUUAACAUCAACUACUGAACUUUCACAAUCGUUUAAUAGAAAAAAUGUUUCAACACCACCUGGUAUACCUAUUUCACGACCAAAUUCUUCAGCAAAUCUCAUAAGUACACAAUCAAUGUCUUCAUUACCUUCGAUGUCUAAUGAUUAUCAAGAUCCUUGGACAACUAACAAAUCUAAUAAUCUUUGGGAUUCAGCUUCAUCAGAUGAAGAACUAGAAGAUGAUUCAAAUGCUCGAAGAUUUUUUCAUCAAAAUAUGCGAGCUGUUGAUGAAGAAUUAUCGAAAAUAGAUGAACCACAUACAACAACAUCACCACUUCCAACUGACAGUCGAAUUGAACAAUUAUUAAAACGUCAGAAAAAAGCUUCAUUAGGUCUUGCUUCAAAUGAUGGAACACAUGAAAGAAAUAUUAUAGAACCAUCAGCAUCUGUAGAUGAUUUUGAAUGUGUAGCAAUGGAUCUCGAUAGUCCAAAACAUCGAACACAAUCGGAAAGUAGUGAUCACAAUCAUACAAUUGUAGAACCUCAUAACAGUAAAAAUACCAGUAAUGGAGCAGCUGAUUCUAAAAUCGCUGAAUUAACAACAGCUUCGUCGAUAGAGACAAGCAAGAAAUUGACGUCUAAAAAUCGUCCAUUAAAAACAACUUCAAUGACAUUAAUUGAUGAAUUAAAAAAUGCGAUAAAUCCAUCUUCUGCUUCCAAACAGCCUGUUCUUUCACCUCCUAGUCGUUCAUUAUCUCGUUCUCGAUCACGUUCACGUUCACGAUCCAGAUCUCAUUCACGCUCUCGUUCACGUUCACGUUCUCGUACUCGUUCCCGUUCUCGAUCAUCAUCGUCAUCAUCAUCUUCAUCACGUAAACGCCGUAGUCGAAGUCGACAUCGAUCAUCUAAACGACAUUCAAAUAAACAUCAUCCACGACGUCGUUCAAAUAGUUACGAUGAUGAUAAUGAAUAUACCGAAACUAAUAACAAUAAUAAUAAUAACACUAACACUAAUAAUUUUCCACCAGCUCCAAUACAUUAUCAAUCACAUCAUCAUUAUCCUCAUUCUCAUCAUCAACCACAUUGGCAACAAACAAGACAAUCUGGUGGUUUAUUGCCAGGACCACCACCACCACCACCACCGCCGCCACCGCCACCGCCACAACCUCCCUAUGUACAUCAACAAAAUGUACCACCUCUCUUACCAAACCAUCCAUACUAUCCACCGUCGAAUCGAUCAAUGAUGCAUCCAGUUGAACCAACAAGUGGCGUUGGUCGAUUCAAUUUUCAACAUAAUCAUCAUCAACGUCAUCAUGCACCACUUAUGCAACCGCCUUAUUAUCCACAAGCACCACCUCAACCUUUAAUGCAAUCCGGAUCACGUAGUCAUCAUCAUCCAAUAAAUCGUUUUCCACCACCUACUCGACCACCAUUUGAGUUACCGCCACAUCCAAUGGCAAUGGGAAAUGUUGGAUCCCACAUACCAAAUUCGAAUUAUAAUCAAUAUAAAUAUGAAUCUGAAGAACGUCUUGCUUUGAGACGAACAAAACGUGAUACACCAAUGACAGGAGCAAAUACGAAUAAUAAUCGACGAGGUGGAUCUCAACAAACAGAAACGAAUGGAAAAAAGAAAAUGAAUAAUCCAUUAAAAUCAAAUACAAAACCUUCUGGUAGCUUUCUAACAAAAAUAUGA